CAUCUAUCGCUGCUGAUUUUGAAAGGAGGAAAGCGGAGUUUGCCGCUAGGUUUUUCGGCGAGGAGGAUGAGGAUGGGAACGGUUCAGCAGGAGUGGAGAUGACUGCGGAGCAGAAAGGAAAAACUAACACCGAAGUAGAGACAAACCGAAACCACGGCGAAGAAAUAUUAAACGAGAACCAGAGCACAGCCACGACAACGCCCACGACGCCCUACAGAAAGCAAAAGCCCACACAAAUCGACAUCGAGGUUUUGGACGCUGUUUUGGGCGAUUUGCACAAGAACUCUACGUCUGGCGCUGGAGCUGGACCUGUCACGGCUGAACAAACCAAAAGCACCGACGAAUAUCUGAACAACAUCAAUCCUAUUCUUUUCAAGCUGAAGUGGAAUCUGAGAAAGGAAGGCUCGUCGCAUCAUCAACAGAACAAUCGGCAACCAGAAGGUCACAGCACAGCGUUGAACGGGGAAGAACAAUCAGAAAAUAUCUACACGACGGCCGAUUUCUCAGAGAUGGUGAUGCUCCCAACGGACAGCUUCAAACCCACGACACAGAAGGUGAAUAUGGCGUUCUCAAACGUUACAUUCUCAACUGUUACACGAUUUGUCAUGCAAAAUCAACCAGCAGCAACAUCAACAUCCACAGGGUAAAGCGACUUCGCAUGACAAAUUCCCGGAGGGCUAAACAGCAUUUAAAUCUGUGCGGAAUUUGUAAUGCUAGAGGCGCAAUUGUCCCCCUUUGACUUUUGCUCUUCUUGCAUGACAAAUUCAUGUAACAGUAACAGUUGAGAAUGUAACAAUUGAGAGUCCCAUAGUGAAAGUUGUGGACUUGCAAAAGCAGAAAACGAACAUCGAUUUCAUCCUGGUGCUGCAGAAAAUUUUCUUCCCUGGGAGCACGGUUUUGCAUGGCAGCAAAAAGGGCGGCAGUCAACAAACAGUUAGCAACGACGGAGACGGUAAUUCGAGCAGUAGGUCGCCGAGGAAGCAGCGGCUACGGCCACCAGACCCGGAUGAUAAUUUUCCGGGCCACGAGGGUUUUACCG